UUCUCAGCCAUUAAUCUGCUCGGAACGCUGACUGAUACUGAUUUAUAAGUGCAUCUGAUCAGAUAGAACGAUGAACAUCGGUUAAUGAACGAGUAAAGCCGUGGAUGAUCAAACGAUUCCUCUCGAUCAGAUAGCUUCAUCAAAGCUGUCGUUUUUCACAUUCUCGGCGAUAUGUACUCGCCUGCAUUUCCUCUUUAUUUUUGCCGCAGUCAGAAAUAAUUCCAGCUCGAGGCCAGCGAUCGCGCGCACUGGCUGUCUGUUUUCACACCUCUCGCGUUAUAAACUGAACACUACUGUCUGUUUUUUUUUUAUGGUAUGUGCAUCUUCGUAUUGAUGUUUCUUUGACAGGCAGACUUUUCUUGUUUGGGUUUUGGAUGCUGGUUCUCAUGCAGAGCUGGUUGAUUACAUGUUUUCUAACACGGAUUCGCUCAAAAAUAAUAUAAUGGUAAGCCAGUAAUACUGUCACCCAUUUGGCUGCCAGUCAAGCAGAGCAAAGGCUGUGCGAGGCAGUGAAAGGCCAGAGGGAAAAGACAAAUACAGAGUCUUUGUGCCAAGGUUUGUGCUCCAAACACUGCUGUUCACCCAUCGAUUCCUGGCUGCCCGCCACCUCUGAUCACAAUCAUGACCUCUUCCAGAGACCUAGACACAGUGAAUCUAAGGCUCAUCCUUGUGAGUGGGAAGACACAGGAUUUCACUUUCUCUCCCAAUGACUCCGCCACAGACAUUGCCCACCAUGUCUUUGAAAACUGGCCAGCAGGAUGGGAAGAGGAGAGUGUGAGCAGUCCCAGCAUACUCAGGCUGAUCUUCCAGGGCCGAUUUCUACAUGGCAAUGUCACGUUAGGAGCUUUGAAGUUGCCCCCUGGCCGAACAACUGUCAUGCACUUGGUUGCCAGAGAGACACUGCCAGAGCCAAACUCCCAUGGCCAGAGGAACAGAGAAAAGACUACAGAGAGCAGCUGCUGUCUACUGCUGUAAAAUACAGAGAAAAACCCUCCCCACCACCUCCCACCACCACCUCCUCCCCUCCACUCUCUCUGCUCACCAACCCAUGUGCAUUCUGGUUGAUUACAGAAGCGCUCCAGGGAGAGUGCAACUAGGUUUUUCUUCAGUGUUUUUUUCUCUGUACAGUUGCUGGGGGCUCAUUGAUCAGUUCUGAUAUGUUUGCCUUGGUUUUCUUGUUUUCAUUUUGUUUUGUUGCCAAAGUUGCAUAGUAAAAUCACCACCAUUUGUUUACAGACCUUCUCUAAAAAUAUGAAUCUGUGGUAAUAUAAAGUACCUGAAUCAUUGAAAGGAAAUUAUGUAAACAGAGGUCUGAUCAGAUUUUUGGGGGAUGUCCUGUACUUGAGACCUUCUGCUCUCCUAAGACCCAUUUUUCUGAAGUGUCAGUUUUCACUUGACAUCACAUGUGGGACUCAGUCAAGCUUAACAUGCAUCAUAAUCUCUGACUUUUGAUUGCACUUAACACGGGUCCUUAUCGUGUGUGUGUGUGUGUGAGAUAGUCUUAAUCCUCCCUCCCUGCCUCAAACAGAAGGAGCUUAUGGAGAGAAGUGUAAUAAACGCAAGCACCAGUAGGAAGCUCAGUCUGUUGCAUUGUACCGAUGGAGCGCUUGUGAAUUUGACUGUGUUCCAUGGCCACCUAUUUGUUUGCCUUUGUCCUAGGACCAAUCAAAAGCAGAUGUGCAUGACCCUAGUCUAGUGUUUCCUAACCCUGGGUGUACACCCCAUGUGAAAAUGACACAAAAUCAUCGUGUUGCCAAGUCAGGAUGUCAUCUGUAUCCUCAAUCAUCUAGACACAGCUAAUGUUCUGUCUUAAUGCUCAGCUAACCAUGAGUCCUGAGAGACGUCCCUUCUGUCUGAUGCAUAGAAUAUGGGAAUCAUCAGAUAUCUGGAAUGAAGGGUUGGGCCAGAAUGCCCCCAUUGUAAACGCUAUGGAUUCACUGACCCAUUGUGCUACGCUGCAGCAGUUGAGGUAAAGAUGAAAGCUGGCAGGGGUUACCCCUAAUGGACUACCCUCUGGGCUAGAAGAAAAUAAAUAAAAUUGUGUUUUAUUGCUGUCUGUUUUGUUUGGCUUUUUGAAUGUAGAGAAUUAAUAUUAUUAAUAAUGGAGUUCUAAAAGUCCUUUUUAUUUUGUCUGAGUACAGUUGAUUUUAUUGGUACAUGGGCUGAUAAUGUUAAGUGCGUUGGUGUGUGAGUGUGUGUGAGUGUGUGAGUGUGUGAGUGUGUGUGAGUGUGUGAAGCUUCUUUUUUGUUUGGAAAGAUGGUGCAGUUAUUGUAAAACAGAAACUGUUUCCAGUCUUUUGAAUGGCCAUUUACUGCAAGAGUGUUAAUCAUUGUCACUGCUAUGAAAUUGGGUACAAAUUAUUAAAUGUAAAAAAAUAUAUAUAUAUAUAGAUCCCUCAAUCUUGUAUUAUAAGUUAAUAAAAACUUUCAAAUAAUAAA